AUGCCCUCUCCGCAAAGCCCCUCCGAGCUCAAGAAGAGAACACCUAUUCCGAUACAUGUUCCCACAAAUAGACCGUCCGGUCAAAAUUUCAAGUCACAAACAUCUGGCCAAAACCCAUUUACGACACAGUAUAGCAAGAAACGUACCGUUAAUGAAGAUGUGGGCAACCCUACUUCUAAACGAAUCCUCACGAAUCGAUCGCAUGCACAAGAACAAGGACCUCCUAGUAAGCGGCGGAAGAUCUCUAACUCAGCAUCUUCCAUGUUCGAGCAAGGAAGCUCGAAGGGCCGUAUAUUUAAACCACCACCGCCUCCCCUUGCUCCAGACGACGAAGAACCUACAUACGACGUUGAUUCCGAUGAUGCUCAUGCUAUGGGAAAGCAAUCCUCUCCAGAUCCAUUGAACUCUUUAUUUCAAGAGUCAGGUCCUUCCCGCAUAUCCACCAAACACCGAUCCAGUAUCAAUAGUAGAUCAAACAAGGCUAAGCCCAUAACUUUCGACGAAACAGAUUUUGAUAUCAGUAUCAUUCGUGGUCCAGAUGAGGAAGAACACGAAACUUUCGACGAAGCAGAUUAUGAUCUAAGUACCAUUCGUGGCACUAGUACGUACGUCCCGAUCAUCAUCCCCGACGGAAAUGAUACGGCGUGGGCUCGUAAACGUUUUCAAACUGCCGAAGACCCCAUUGAGGACUCAAGCGACAGUAGUUUUUCUAAAUUCCCUGGUACAACCGCUAGUGAACAAAACAAUCUCAUCGAUCCACCAUUGAAGAUCGACCUGGCGAGCAAAUUGAAGAAAACACCAGGUGUGGCAAGAAGCAUGAAAGGGAAGAACCAACGUGUCCCAUUACCAUUUGAACCUAUUGGACGGCUCACGUCAAAUACAGACCGAAGACAAGAGGGUUUUGCUAUAGAAGAGGCUUAUGUCGGUGAACAAUUACACAAAGCUAGUCCUGGACAGAAACUUGAUAUGUAUUUGGAUCAACAAGCUCUGCGUAUCAUAGCCAACGACACUACACUGCUUGAUAUCCCCCUGACCCCCCCGGAACAUUGUAAAGAAAUUAUAUUUACUGAUUCAUAUUCAGCACAUUUCCCCCCUGUGAUACAGCUGAAGAAGAACGACACUGUGCUGACUACAAUACGUUUGGAUAAAAAGUGGGAUCAAUUGAGGUAUAACCAACUAAGAUCUACCCUGCGAGUGAAAAAAGAACAAGUCAUAUCAACUGGAAUAAAUCCGCUCUGGCAAUAUGCCACGGCAGGUGCUCCGCCUCAGAAUGCUCUCUUAAACCUCACCUACAAGGAGCAACAAGAAGAACGUAUUAGGAGGAGUUUAAGCCUCACCUACGCAGAGCGAGAACAAGAACGUAUUAAGAGGAAUGCUGCAAAGCUCGCCGGGUGGAGAACAGCACGGAAUGGGCAUGGGGGAGAUGUUCCGUAUUCUGGAAAUAUUCUCACCAUAGGAAGUCGGGGCAAAGAAACCUCAUCCACGAGGCAGGAAGAAGUCUUAAAAUCUCCUGUCAAGCCCAGGCCUAUCGCUCGACCGGAGCCACGCCGAUCUAUGCGCAAUACCCCUUCGAAAGAGCAGCCAGACGAAUUGAUAUUGGUGUACCCUCCUGGGCCAGGUGCCGUAAAUAUCAAUAUAAGUGACCUUAAUCGUUUAGAGCCCGGGGAAUAUUUGAACGACACGCUUAUAGAGUUCGGUUUAAAGCUAUGGCUCAAUAAGCUUGAAACAAAAAAUCCGCAACUUGCGCAUCAAAUACACAUUUUCAACUCUUUUUUCUAUAAAAAGUUGAAUCAGGGUAAAGACAUUCAACAAACCUUUGAAAAUAUUCGUAAAUGGACCUCCAAAAUCGACAUAUUCGAAAAGAAGUAUAUCAUUGUUCCCAUUAACGAGAAUCUUAUUGCUGUUAGUUUGCACUGGUAUUUGGCCAUAAUAUGCGAGCCUAAAUAUAUUCUAUAUCCAAAGACACCCAAAUCCUCUGCUUCACGCAAGCAAACUAGGUCAACCGUACAGCCUUCUGUAGUGGCGAAUACUCCUGCGGCAUCAGAGGACAAAGAUGACCAAACUGUCACCUCGAGCGAGGCUGAAGUUGAGCGUAAUCUCAACAAUGAAUUUCAGAGCUCGUGCGUAAUAAAUGGCGAGGGCGUCGUUGAUUCAAAUUUACCUAUACGAACCGCGGUCGACGAACAUGACGCAAAUUCACUGACUUCGACAGUUUCUGCAGCAAAUAAAGUGGAAGAUGGUGUGUUUUCGAGUUCAAGCCAUGCCAGUCGUCCUGUAUUCGAGCGAAAUGAAUUGCAGUCGCUCGAGAGAUCACCGUCUGCAUCUGAAUCCCGAAUGUCUGUUGAUAGUAUAGAGGAGAUUGAUGAAGAUCUCAAUCGCAGACCUAUAAGCACCGAACAGUUCUACCAAUCUCACCGGACUGACAGGCAUUGGAGGGAACGAGCACCACGGGAACCUGACAUACUAGUGUUGGACGACUCAGUCAACGAAGUCGUCAAUGACGAGCCUGUAGAAGAGACUUUUAUAUUCAUCAUGGAUUCUCUUGGAACUAAGCACCGCCAAGCUGUCAACAAGCUGACCGCGUAUCUAAAGCUGGAAGCAAAGGACAAGAAAGGUGUUUCGGAUGCAGGCACGGCUAAAUCUAAGUUGGCUUCAGUGCCUGUUCAACCUAACUUCUGUGAUUGUGGGGUAUAUUUACUGCACUUUGCUCAGACGUUUAUGAGCAACCCUGUCAAAUACUCUCAGAGCAUUCUGACUCAAAAAAGCAAUAAUAUUCCAAAUCAUGAGAGACAAAAGAUAUGGAAUGAUUCCGAAGUGGCUGGAAUGCGUGUGACUCUUGCAGAACAAAUUCGUCGUCUCGCUGAUGAAUGGAAAAAAGCCAAGUCUCACGAAAUGCAGAAUGACGAAGGAAAACAGGACAAUGACGACGACGACGAAGUUAAGAUCGUCCAUGUUCAAGUCGAAGGAAAGAACAAAGGUGCCAAACUCCUCAAAACCCCUGCCAGACGUCUGCGAUGA